AUGUAUCAGAUUCAUUCCCAAAUCACAAUCAUUCGUUUCUUUGGGGAAAAGAAAACUCCGACGAGUCGACGACAUCAACAAGGGUUUUAUAUACAAAUCCCCAAGCAACCCCAUUCUUCUUCUUCCCAAUCCUCUCUCGGACAACAGUUUGGACAUUAUUCAGCCAUGACAGCUCUUCAGUACCUAGAUUCUCUUCGUACUACUCAUCCAGAGCUCUCCGAUUGGUAUAAUACGCUUGCCGAUCUGUACCAAAGGAAGCUAUGGCACCAACUCACUCUCAAGCUUGAACAAUUCGUUGCUCUCGCUGUUUUCCAGGCUGGUGAUGCUCUCAUACAACUAUACCACCACUUCAUCACUGAUUUUGAGACAAAGAUCAACCUUCUUAAACUUGCACAUUUUGCUGUUAUAGUCUCUAGGCAAUAUUCAGAGAAAGAAGCUGCCAUAAGCUAUCUGGAAGGAGUGAUUGAAAAGCUCAGAGCUACAAAAGAGAUGCGCAUAGAGGAGCCAAUCCUUUACAUAAAGAUGCAGAUAGCCAUCUUUAACCUUGAAAAAGGAGAUCAAAAGGAGUGCAAGAAUCUUCUAGAAGAUGGGAAGAGUACACUUGAUAGCAUGACUGACAUUGACCCUUCUGUGUAUGCAAACUACUUUUGGGUGUCAUCUCAAUACCAUAAAUCUCGCCAGGAGUUUGCUGAGUUUUACAAGAAUUCUUUACUUUAUUUGGCAUAUACAUCAGUUGAGGCUCUAUCUGAUUCGUUUAAACUGGAUCUUGCAUUUGAUCUAUCACUAUCUGCAUUGUUGGGAGACAACAUUUACAACUUUGGAGAACUACUUGCACAUCCAGUUAUAAAAAGUCUGCUAGGGACAAAAGUGGAAUGGCUUUACCACAUUCUAGAAGCAUUCAAUUCAGGAGAUUUAGUUCGCUAUCAAGAACUAUGUCGUGUUCAUUCAGCUUCACUUAAUGCUCAGCCUGCUUUAGUGGAAAACGAGAAGAAGCUUCUAGAAAAGAUCAACAUUCUCUGUUUGAUGGAAAUUAUCUUCAGUCGGCCCUCUGAAGACAGGACAAUUCCAUUGAGUGUGAUUGCAGAGCGGACAAAACUCACGGUUGAAGAUGUGGAAUACCUUCUCAUGAAAAGUUUAUCUGUGCAUUUAAUCGAGGGGAUAAUUGAUCAAGUUGAUGGGACGGUUUAUGUGUCGUGGGUGCAACCGCGAGUUUUGGGGGUGGCUCAGAUUAAGUCUUUGCGUGAUCGGUUGGACAAUUGGGUUGGGAAAGUACACACUGCUUUGAUAUCCGUGGAAGCAGAAACACCCGAUUUAGUUGCAUCCUAAUUUUUUUGUAACAAUUUCUUAAAACGCUAAAAAAUUAUCAAGUAAUUAGUGUUCAACUUUUAUGUAAGAUGUUUGUCUAUUCAUUUUCAUCUAAAGACUUUUGAAAAUAGGGU